CAGUCCCUGUCCAUUGUCAUCGCUGUCUCAGCUGCUAUAUUUAAGGCCGUGCCGGCUCCAGCAUCGCACUCUCCUCCCGUCCCCGCUGAGCCCAGGGCAAGGAGACACCAGGCAUCCUCCGUCCUCUGGACUCUUCUCCCCACAGACGCCCAAGUGGACAGGCUGCCGCUGUUGUCGUUUUCGCAGCCAUGACUCUGCCCCACAGCCCUGGAAAUGUGGGGGAGCCCCAGCCCCCCCAGGCCGUGGAGGUCCACAGGGUGGAACGCCGCCAGGAGGAGGAGCAGAAGGAGCAGCGGCAGCACAGCCUGCACAUGGACUCCUCGGUGCAGAGGCGGACCUUCCGCAGCAGUGAGGAAGAGUACCAGUUCAGCGCCGCAGACCACGCCCUCGCAGCCGCCUUGGCCCUCACAGCCUCCUCCGAGAUGUCUUGGGAGGCCCAGCUGAGGCGCCAAACCUCCACCGUGGAGCUGGAGGAGCGAGGACAGCGGCGCGUGGGCUUCGGCAAUGACCUGGAGAGGACCGACAUCGCCUUCCUCCGGACCCAGCGGCUGCUGCGCCAGAGCCGCGACCGGAAGGCGCUGAGACGGCGGACAGAGGAGAAGGUUCGGGAGGCCAAAGAGCUGAGGGAGCUGUGUUCCGGCCGUGGGCCCUGGUUCUGGAUCCCACUUCGCUCCCACGCCGUCUGGGAGCGCACCACGGUCCUGCUGACCUGCACCAUCCAGGCCUCGCCAGCACCCCAGGUCACCUGGUACAAAAAUGACAUGCAAAUCGAUCCCCGCCUCUUCCCGCCUGGAAAGUACCGAAUCACCAACAACUACGGGCUGCUGACCCUGGAGAUUAGGAGGUGCACCAUGGAGGACACAGGCACCUACACGGUGAAGGUGAAGAACGCCCACGGCCAGGCCUCCUCCUUCGCCAAAGUCCUUGUCCGCACUUACCUGGGGAAGGAUGCUGGUUUCGACUCGGAGAUCUUUAAAAGACUGACGUUCGGCCCCAACGUGGACUUCACCUCGGUGCUGAAACCGGUCUUCGCCCGCGAGAAGGAACCCUUCUCCCUGACCUGCUCAUUUUCAGAAGACGUAUUAGACUCGGAGCAGAACAUUCAGUGGUUCCGAGACGGGAGGCGGAUGAGGUCCUCAGGACGCCGGCAGACCCUCUAUGCAGACCGCCAGGCGUCCCUGCAGGUGUCCUGCGCCUACAAGGAGGACGAGGGGCUCUACACAAUCCAGGUGCCUUCGCCCCUGGGGCCCCGGGAGCAGAGCACCUACGUGUUUGUGAGAGAUGCUGCAGCAGAGAACAUGGGGGCCCCGGGCUCCCCCCUGAACGUCCUAUGCCUGGAUGUGAACAGAGACUGCCUCAUCCUGACCUGGACCCCGCCCAGUGACACUCGGGGCAGCCCCAUCACCGGCUACUCCAUUGAGCAGUGCCAGGGCGAGUCUGGGCAAUGGGUGCCCUGCCAUGAGGCCCCCGGCGGGACCUGUCGGUGCCCAAUCCAAGGUCUCCUCAAAGGCCAGAGCUAUCGGUUCCGGGUGAGAGCCGUCAGCAAGGCGGGCAGCAGCCUCCCCUCCAAGGCCUCAGAACCGGUUGUCAUGGGCGACCCCGACGAAGCUCAGAGGAAGACAGAGAUCCCCUUUGACCUGGGGAACAAGAUCGUGAUCAGCACAGAUGAUUUGGAAGGCUUUGUGACCAUUCCCUCGCCUCCAACCAAUGUCCAUGCCAGCGAGAUCCGUGAGGCCUACGCGGUCCUGGGCUGGGAGGAGCCGAGACCCCGGGGCAGAGCUCCGCUGACAUACUCCCUGGAGAAGUCGGUCAUAGGUAGUGGCACCUGGGAGGCCAUCAGCACAGAAACUCCUGUGAAAUCCCCGAGAUUCGCACUGUUGGACCUGGAGAAAGGGAAGUCGUAUGUCUUCAGGGUGCGAGCGAUGAACCAGUAUGGCAUAAGCGACCCCUCGGAGCCCAGCGAGCCCAUCGCCUUGCAGGGAAAGCCAGCGACCCUGCCUCCUCCAGCUCAAGUUCAAGCUCUCCGUGACACGCAGACCUCUGUCUCCCUGACCUGGGAUCCCGUGAAAGAAAGCCCAGAGCUCCUGGGGUAUUACAUCUACUCCCGGGAGGCAGGAUCGUCCGAGUGGCAAACAGUUAACAACAAACCCAUCCAGGGCGACAAGUUCACAGUUCCUGGGCUAAAGACGGGGAAGGAAUAUGAGUUUUGCGUCAGAUCAGUGAGCGAGGCUGGAGUAGGAGAGAGCUCAGCGGCCACCGAACCCAUCAGGGUCAAGCAGGCUCUGGCUACGCCGUCUGCCCCCUAUGAUUUCAUCCUCCUGAACUGUGGGAAAAAUGAUAUGGUCAUUGGGUGGAAGCCCCCCAAGCGUCGUGGAGGUUGCAAGAUCCUGGGCUACUUCCUGGACCAGCACGACUCGGAGGAGCUGGACUGGCACCCGGUCAACCAGCAGCCGGUCCCCACCCAGGUCUGCAAGGUCAGCAACCUUUGCGAAGGCCACUUCUAUGAGUUCCGUGCCCGGGCCGCAAACUUGGCAGGUGUCGGCGAGCUGUCGGCGCCCAGCAGCUUGUUUGAGUGCAAAGAGUGGACGAUGCCCCAGCCAGGUCCCCCGUAUGACGUGCGAGCAUUCGAGGUGCGGGCCACCUCCCUGAUGCUGCAGUGGGAGCCCCCGCUAUACACGGGGGCCGGGCCAGUCACAGGCUACCUCAUCAGCUUCCAGGAGGAAGGCUCUGAGCAGUGGAAGCCACUCACCCCAGACCCCAUCUCUGGCACCCACCUGAGGAUUUCUGACUUGCAGCCGGGGAAGCGGUACGCGUUCCAGGUGCAGGCUGUGAAUUCAGCUGGUCCGGGGCAGCCGUCCAUGCCCACCGACCCCGUGCUCCUGGAGGACAGGCCAGAUGCCCCGGAGAUCAAGGUUGGUGUGGAUGAGGAGGGCUUCAUCUACUUGGCUUUCGAAGCCCCCGGGGCCCCCGACGCCUCAGAGUUCCAGUGGUCCAAGGACUACAAGGGCCCGCCGGACCCCCAGAGGGUCAAGAUCGAGGAGGAAGCUAACAAGUCCAAGGUCAUCCUGAGAGACCCUGGUCUCGAGGACUUGGGCACCUACUCGGUGGUGGUCACCGAUGCCGAUGAAGACCUCUCAGCGAGCCACACGCUGACUGAGGCAGAGCUGGACAAGCUGAAGAAGUUGAGCCAUGAGAUCAGAAACCCAGUGAUCAAGCUGAUCUCGGGCUGGAACAUUGACAUCCUCGAGCGAGGAGAGGUGCGGCUUUGGCUGGAAGUGGAAAAGUUAUCUCCGGCCGCUGAGCUGCAUCUAAUCUUCAACGAGAAGGAGAUCUUCAGCUCACCGGACCGCAAAAUCAAUUUUGAGCGAGAGAAGGGCCUGGUGGAAGUGAUCAUCCAGAACUUGUGUGAGGAGGACAAAGGGUCGUACACAGCUCAGCUCCAAGACGGAAAAGCCAAAAACCAGAUCACCCUGGCCCUGGUGGACGACGAUUUUGACAAACUUCUGAGGAAGGCAGAUGCUAAGAAAAGAGACUGGAAGAGAAAACAGGGUCCCUACUUUGAGGAGUUCUUACAGUGGAAGGUCACGGAGGACUGCCAAGUGUUGCUGACGUGCAAGGUGACCAACACCAAGAAUGAAACCCGCUUCCAGUGGUUCUUCCAGAAUAAAGAGACGCCGGACGGUCAGUACGACCCGCAGACCGGAGCAGGGCUUCUCUGCAUCGAGGAGCUGUCCAAGGAGGACAUGGGAAUUUAUAGAGCGGCGGUUUCUGAUGACCGAGGGCAGGAUGACACCAUACUGGACCUCACAGGGGAAGCCCUGGAUGCUGUCUUCACGGAGCUGAGCAGGAUUGGUGUGCUCUCUGCCACCCCACUGGAAGUCCAGGGGACGGAGGAGGGGAUCCGGAUCUUCAGCAAGGUCAAGUACUACAACGUGGAGUACAUGAAAACCACCUGGUUCCACAAAGAGAAGCGCCUGGAGAGUGGGGACCGGGCGAGGGCUGGCACCACGCUGGAUGAGAUCUGGCUCCACAUCCUGGAUCCCAAAGACUCAGACAAGGGCAGAUACACCCUGGAGAUAGCAGCCGGGAAGGAAGUCCGGCAGCUCUCAACCGACCUCUCGGGGCAAGCUUUUGACGACGCCAUGGCUGAGCACCAGAGACUGAAAGCCUUGGCCAUCAUUGAGAAGAAUCGUGCCAAAGUGGUGAGGGGCCUGCCAGAUGUGGCCACCAUCAUGGAGGAUAAGACCCUGUGCCUGACCUGCGUCAUCUCAGGAGACCCUGCCCCUGAAAUUUCUUGGCUGAAAAAUGACCAGCCUGUCACCUUCCUUGACCGCUACCACAUGGAGGUUAGGGGGUCAGAGGUCACCAUCACCAUCGAGAGGGUCAACAGUGAGGACAGCGGGCGCUACGGCGUCUUUGUCAAGAACAAGUAUGGCUCUGAGACAGGCCAGGUCACCAUCAGUGUGUUCAAGCACGGGGAGGAGCUCAAGGUGCUGGAGAAGAAGUGAUCAGACACAGCCAGGAGAGGGGGUGGGGUGGGUGGAUACACCAGGGUGGAGCAACAAAGACCAGGGUGGGGUCCCCUCCAGGAAAGUAGGAUCAGCCCUGGACUUGGAAAAAGACACCUCUGAGCAAGACCCAAUUUCAGCUCUACAGUCUCCAUCAGCCUUGCCUUUCUCGUCAAUCAAGCAGGAAUUCCUACUCCUAGGGAUUGUUUAUGAAAACCUUUUAUAAACCAUGCUAGAGGCCCAGUGCACAAACUCAUGCACAUUGAAAGGAAAUUAAUUAGAAGAAAUAUUUUAGAGGCCGGGGAGGGACCGCGGGAGAUUGGCUCCUGGGCAUGUCUGGCCCGUCUCGCCCAGUCCCAAUCGGCCGGACCCUAGCAGCAAGCUAACCUACGGGUCGGAGUGUCUGACCCCUGGUGGUCAGUACGUGUCAUAGCGUCUGAUCGAGCAGUCGACCAUUCAGUCGGACACUUAGCAUAUUAGGCUUUUAUAUAUAGAGAUACCAGUGGUCCUCCACAAAAGACAAUGUCCAAGUUUUUGGUUGUCACAACUGGAGGUGUCUAUUGGCAAAAGUGUCUAUUGGUAAAGGUCAGGGUGCUGCUAAGCACCAUAGCUCCACUCCACAUGGAAUUAUUCAACCCCAAAUGUCAAUGAUGCCAAGGUUGGCUAGCCCUGCCCUAAAGUGAUAUAUCACAAUAUCCCUCUUCUAGGAUACUAUAUUUUCUAUUCACGUAAGUUCAACAAACAUUCAUUUGAAGUCUAGCAUGUGCCAGGCUGAGGAUGGCAUUGGGAGCACAAAGAUAAAUACUAUUCAGGCCCUGCUGCCCAGGAGGCUUCAGUCCAUUGGGGAGAGUCAGACCCGGGUACAAAUGACACCAGGACAAGGCAGAUGAUAAGAUUAUAAAAGUGUAAGUAAAGUGCCACUCAUGGUCAAAGGAGAGAGACAGACGUCCGUCCCAAUUGGAGAAGGGGUGCUUUCAGACAUCUUCAUGGAACUAGCAGAAUUGUGUUGGACCCUGAAAAAUGAGUCCAAUUUGAUGGUGGUGAUGUGAGGAGGACAUUUCAGGAGUGGGGAAUGGUGGGAGCAAAGGCGAAGAGGUGGAUGAUGCUGCCUGGAUGGCACUGGAUGCCAGGCUGGUGAGCUGGAUGACCUUCAGGACGUCUUCAAGCUCAGGGCCUCUACCUGCUAUGACAGAUACCAGUUGGCCUUGCUUGAUGGACCUCAAGUCAGAGCUGGGCAUUUCACCACUCUCCAAUUUCCUUAUUUUUUCCAUUGAUUUUUAGAGAGAGUGAAGGGAGGAGGGGAGACAGAGAGAAACAUCAAUGUGAGAGAGACACAUCACAUCGAUUGGUUGCCUCAUGCACAUGCCCUGACCAGGGUUGCAGAUGGUUUCUGCAACCGAGGUACGUGCUCUGGGCCGCAAUCGAACCCGUGACUCUUCAGCCCAUGGGCUGAUGCUCUAUCCACUGAGAAAAACUGGCUAGGACUCCUUCUUUUUUAAAAUAAGAUUUGGAUUGGGUGGGGUUUAUAAGGUUAUGGAUGUUUGUUGUAAAAAUUUAGAAAACCAUCCUAUAUAAUAAAAGCCUAAUAUGCUAAGUGUCCGUUCAACCAAUCAAGGAGUAAUAUGCUAAUGAUAUGCUAAGGCCACCCAACUGCUUGCUAUGACGUGCACUGACCACGAGGGG